UUCACUCUCUCUUCGGCUACGUGCACUGUGGACUUGUGUGUGUGUGUGUGUGAGUGUGAGUGUGUGUUUGUGCGCACUGAGCCUUACAGGGUCCGGUGUUUGUAUGAAUGCAUGUGAGGGAGCUAGUAGAAGUGUUAAGAGCUUUAGUAAGCUUAAGUUCACUUUUGUCUCAGCGUGCUUUCAGCUGAGGUGCUACUUUUACACGGAUCAGGACAAAAAAAGAGGGAAAAGAAAUCAAGGCAAGGGGAACAAGUAGAGAAACAGUCUGAGAGCUUAGAAAAGAGCGGACACAUACAGAUACGCAUACACACAUCAUACAAGUGAAGUGUCUUGAGAUCCUUUCCUGGUGGUCAGGUUCCUUCUGCCUGGGCUGACCAGUUCACCAAGAGGGAUGUGAUCGUUGUACGGCUUACACGCUGACUCUACACACAUCCAUACACCUGCUCCAUCCUCAGGUGCUGCUCUGAAGAUCUGGACCUCACUUAGUAGCUGUGUAUCUUUGGGUUCAUCAUGGACUACGUCUGGGGGAUGGCAGUGCUGCUGUGCGGGCUCUGGACACCGCAGAGAGGAGCCGAUGCUCAGCGAGCCAAAAGCAACGUGCCCCGACUCAAACUCUCCUACAAAGAAAUGUUGGAGUCGAACAACUUGUUUACUUUUAAUGGACUGGCCAACAGCUCGGCUUACCACACCUUUUUACUAGACGAAGAGAAAGGUCGGCUUUUUGUGGGAGCGAAGGACCAUCUCCUGUCAUUCAACCUGAUAGACAUCAACAUGGACCAGCAACUGAUACCUUGGCCUCCAUCUUCAUCACACCGGGAUGAGUGUAGGUGGGCUGGAAAGGAUGUACAGAAAGAGUGCUCAAAUUUCAUAAAAGUAUUGCAGGCAUUUAAUCAGACUCACCUGUACGCAUGUGGAACUGGAGCCUUCCAUCCUGCCUGUGCUUAUGUGGAGGUGGGCAAACGGCCAGAGGACAACAUCUUCAGACUAGAAGCGGCAAACUUUGAGAACGGCCGCGGGAAAAGCCCAUACGACCCAAAACUCAUGACUGCUUCUCUACUUAUUGAUGGUGAGCUGUAUUCUGGGACGGCAGCCGACUUCAUGGGACGAGACUUUGCUGUUUUCCGAACAUUAGGAAAGCAUCAUCCAAUCAGAACGGAGCAGCAUGAUUCCCGGUGGCUCAAUGAACCAAGGUUCGUAAGCGUCCACCUCAUUCCAGAGAGCGACAAUCCUGAAGACGACAAGAUCUAUACAUUCUUCAGAGAGAACGCCAUAGACGGAGAACAAACCGGCAAAGCUACACACGCCAGGAUCGGACAGAUGUGUAAAAAUGACUUCGGAGGUCACAGGAGUUUGGUGAAUAAGUGGACCACCUUCCUGAAAGCUCGGCUCAUCUGUUCAGUCCCAGGCCUCAAUGGCAUUGACACACACUUUGAUGAGCUGCAGGAUGUUUUUCUGAUGAGCUCAAAGGAUUCCAAGAAUCCGAUCAUCUAUGCGGUGUUCACAACGUCCAGUAAUAUCUUUAAAGGCUCAGCAGUAUGUAUGUACAGCAUGGCUGAUGUAAGGAGAGUGUUUUUGGGUCCCUAUGCGCACCGAGAUGGACCCAACUACCAGUGGGUGCCCUUUCUAGGCAGAGUGCCGUAUCCACGCCCUGGCACAUGUCCAAGCAAAACCUUUGGAGGGUUUGAGUCCACAAAGGAUCUUCCUGAUGAUGUUAUCACUUUUGUCCGAAGCCAUCCAGCCAUGUAUAACCCUGUUCUUCCCCUUAACAACCGUCCAAUCAUUAUUAAGACUGACGUGGAUUACCAGUUCACACAGAUCGUCGUGGACCGAGUGGAGGCAGAAGAUGGCCAAUAUGAUGUCAUGUUUAUUGGCACAGAUAUUGGCACCGUGCUUAAGGUGGUCUCAAUUCCCAGAGGCACUUGGCAUGACCUUGAGGAAGUUUUACUGGAAGAGAUGACUGUGUUUAGGGAACCAUCAGCUAUAACUGCCAUGGAGCUUUCCACCAAACAGCAACAGCUCUAUUUAGGCUCAAAUAUCGGCGUUUCCCAGAUGCCUCUGCACCGCUGUGACGUUUAUGGCAAGGCCUGCGCUGAGUGUUGUCUAGCACGAGAUCCCUACUGUGCCUGGGAUGGCUCGCAGUGUUCCCGAUACUUCCCCACUGCUAAGAGGAGGACUCGGCGCCAGGACAUCAGGAAUGGAGAUCCUCUCACUCAGUGCAUGGAUCUGCAACACAACAAUGAGGAAAAUGGUGAGAGCACCCUGCUGGAUAAGACAGUGUAUGGAGUGGAGAACAGCAGCUCAUUCCUAGAGUGCAGCCCCAAAUCUCAGCGUGCGCUCAUCUACUGGCAGUUCCAGAGACAUGGGGAGGACCGCAAACAAGAGAUAAAGUCAGACGAGCGAGUGGUGGGAACAGAACAGGGUCUACUAAUCCGAAGUCUGCUUCCGAAGGACUCGGGUGUGUAUUACUGCCAUGCAGUGGAACAUGGUUUCAUCCAGACACUCCUGCGCCUAACGCUCCACAUCAUCCCCUCUGAUCACCUGGACGACCUCAUCCAACGGCCACCAUCGGACACCAGCCACUCCACACACGCCAAGCUGUGGUACCAGGACUUCCUGUCUCUGAUCGACCCGCCCGGUCCCAACAGUGUGGACCAGCUAUGUGAGCAAGUCUGGAAGAAAGAGAGGAAGCAACGGAGGCAAAAAGCCCAUCACCUGCAGGCUAGCCAAUCACACGCUGCUCAGCUUCUUCACACCAGCCAAUCCAACUCCAGCAAGUGGAAGCUCAUGCAGGAGAGCAAGAAAGGGCGCAAUCGUAGGACCCACGAGACACCGCGGGCACCUCGCAGUGUGUGACCCCCCCCCCCCCCCCCAUGCUCGCUGAACUGUAAACAAGCAAAUGUCAAAUAAAGAGAAAUGACUCUGAGCAUUCUACUGACUGUGACUCCGAGAGGCACACACAGGAAAUGUGAAUACAUUAUUCCACCCCUCCCGCAGAGAGAGUGUAUGUUGGAGGAAAAACACACUCACACUCAGAGCUGUUCAUUCAGACUCGAAAUCUGGGAGUCUCCAGUGGAAAAACUCACUCAUACCCAGAAUGGAGAAUAACACGCAGCGACAAUAUUCUGUAAAUAUUACACAGAAUUAAAUGAACUUCUAGAAGAUGUGCUUCUGUCUUUCAGAAAUAAAGACACAGCUAAACACCACUGAUUACAUUUCUGUGCAUAUAGACUGCAUAAAACCUCUACACAUGUAUCUGCAGAACAAAACUUGAGUCAAACACUUUUUCCCCGUGAUGAUCCAGCGUGCCCUCUUUUUCCAACCCACUAUUUUCCUUCUCCGUUCUUUUAACUUCUCCAAAAGCAUUUGGCCCUGACACUAAUAUGCAAGAUCUUCCCUUUCCACAAUAAGCUUUCCAACAUGCAUACGUCCUUCAGCUAUUUUGUAGAGUAAUAUUUAAUUUUGUACUUUGCCAGAAUUAUAUAUAAGAUUAUUACAUAAUAUAGAGUUAUUUUAUUAAUGGGAUCUCUGCAUCCUUUCACUCGAGCCUAUGUUUUCUAAGCUACUAACCAUUUUGUGCUUCAGUUUUCUUUUUCAGAACUGCUUUUUGAUUUUCAGUAAACCUUUCUGGCACAACAGGAACUGACGCCACCAUCAGUGUGCAUAAAUAAUACCAUGAAUACCAUGAUUCUCUCGAAAGCUUGAAUCUGAUAGGUAAAAGUUGUUAAAAAAAACACAGGUUUAUACUGUAGUAAUGCACGCACUUAAAUGCAUUUUAACAAUUUAUGUGGUGCACACGCUAUAUAAUGUUAGACAUUUUAAAAAAAGGAAAUGCUGUUAUUUAAAUGGCAUUUAUCAUGCAGAAUUCACUUUUUAAUUAUUUUCGGAUAUUGUGUUUACACAGACAAAAUAUGAGAGAAAAUGAUAUCCUGAUAUUUUAUUUGUCCCUUUUUGGUUCAUACAUGUGCCUAAAUGUGCCGUUCAAAUUUGGUUUGGCUUGGUUGUCAUGAUGUCAAUCAACAUUCUGGCUGGUAUGAUGUCAUCCUAGACAAGAUGAAAACACAACUGUGGGGGUGGGGUAAUUUGCAUAGCCCCUCCUCUAGCUUGACUCCUGGCCAUCGCUUUCAAGUAAUUCCCAAUUCUAUUUGGCUAAAAAUCCGCUUCCACAAAGGGAUAUGUGAUAUUUUAUAUGCUCAUUUAAAGCUACAAUCAGUAAAGCAGUGUACAGGAAAAAAUCCGAAGCAAUUUUAGGGAGGUCAGUUUGCAUUAUCUGACUGGUAGGUUCAUUAGGUUUUUUUCAUCAUGGGAAAAUCUUAAGGCCUUUUUUUUUUUUUUUUUUUUUUCAAAAUGAUUAAAUCUGGUUACAAGUGAAGAAAUGACUGUUUACAGCUGUUCCCGUCAAGGGGUCACUACAGAGGACCACAGAUAACUUGGGACACAUUAUUUCGCCGGAUGCCGUUCCUGAUGCGACUGUCCCGUUUUAUCUGGGCCUGAGACCCGCACUGCAUCCAGUAGCUUGGGUUUGAGCAUUCGGUGGGAAUUAAACCUGGACCUAAAAAAAAACUAACCCAAACCUAGCCCUGAGCUGUCCCAUAACACAACAAUAAUACAAUAUAUAAAUACCAAAACCAUGAUGUUACAUUAAUUAUAAAAACAUAAUAAUAAUAAUAAUAAUCAACUUCAGGGGGGGUAACAUUAACUGUUUCACAUUGUGCCACAUCAUAUCACACCUUACCUGAUUCCUUUCCUAUAACCGCACACAUUUUAUUCCUUACUGAAAUUGUGCAAUUUAUUCUGUCAGGGGUUAAAUGUUUGGACGGUGAUUUAUUUAUUAAUUUUUUUUUACAAAAAAAAAAUCUUCUUUUUUUUUAAAAAGGUAAAGCAUUACUAAAUCAGACCUCAUUAAACCAACAUUUAUGCGUAUUUUAUAUGUUACCUUUUGCUUUCAAUUUAAAGUGACACCCAAUCUGUAUUCAGCCUGCACUGUAUUAUUGUGAAGAACUGAACAUGAAGUAAUGGGGUUUUUCACUGGGAAGACUAAGCUAAAACUAUGUUCCACUAUUCCUAAUAGUUCCCUUUAGUCCAGAAAUUAUAAAAUACCUUAGAAAAGACAGACAAGGCAAAAUGCCUUAAUAUUCUCUUUUUUUGAAGUCUAUAUUGGUUUUAAUUACGUACAAAGAAAAGUAUGUAAAAAACACCAGAAUGUAGCUGUGAAUAUACUGUAUAAUAUUUGGGAAGAAAGCAGAAAACGUGUGUGUACAACCUGCAUGCGAAUGCUCUUAUCAUCCCAUUUGUUCCUCCAGCAUUUGCAGUAGCUAGUUACUAAUGUUGUGUCACAUACAGUACGACUGCAGACUCCUGCAAUCAACAUUUGCUCUGUGGUGGACAUAAUCCCGCUCUUAGAUAUGUGACAAAUACAGUGUUAGCGAAGAGCUGUACUGCUACCUAUAGUACCCUCUCCCACUGUAGCUCACAAGAAUUAUGUACACACUACACUGACCUGCAACCUCAGAGGUCACACUGUGUAUUUAUCACUAUAUUACAAUGUACAAUAAGAAAAACAACUUAAAACAGUAUACGAUCAAUGAAACUUGGAAAGUAACAGACACACUUUGUAGUUGGGCAAAACUGGAUGUAUAAGAGGGAGAGAGAGAGAAAAAAAAAUUGCUGCUGUAAAUUAUUCGUUUUUGGCAUGUAUUCCAAUGUUCUAAUAAAUGUCCCUUGUAAGAA